AUCGGCCGCCGGACCCUCUGUGUGUGGCUGGUGGGAGGACGUAAGAGAGGACUGUUUCUUGCCUCAGUCCCUUCCCAGCAGUCUUUCCUUCUUGGUGAGGCUGGGCUGGCGGCAGGUGUUCCCGCUUGCUGUGUCGCCUGGGGCACCAUAGAGAUGUGGUCCUCCGCCGGCCGAGACCAUCCCCUCCCGAGUUUGGGCUACAGCGCCUUGUCGUUUCUGGUCGCUUCGGGCUGGUUAAGGAGCUCGGCUUCUGAGGAGGACGCGGCAGGGUAGGCAAAAUGGGAGAGAAGUGUGGCGUGAUCGGGAUUUGCACGCAGAGCUUCGAAGGGGAGAAGGGGACGCCGCCUGCUUCUGCCCCCGCCCCCCUUAGAAGGUGCCGGACCUAGGGUCUUUGCCUCAGAGGGGGCCUGAGGGGAAGAGCAGGGUCAAGGACAGUCUUAGGUCACCAGCGUGGCCAGCAGGCUGAUCUGCAGGUGCAUCCCCGCACAACUCCCAGCUGACACAUUUACAUCGGCCGAGACGCAUUAAGAUGGCUAGCUGUGCCACUACCAACCCCGCGGAGACACUUCAGGAGGACGCCGUGUGUGCCAUCUGCCUGGAUUACUUCAAGGAUUCCAUAACUAUCGGCUGUGGGCACAAUUUCAGCCGAGGGCGUGUGACCCAGCUGUAGGGCUGGGAGGAUGAGAACAGGGACGAGAAGGAAGAUGAAUGGGAGAAAGAAGAGGACGAGGCCGUGGGGGCCACUGGUGGACGGGACAACUCCAUUCGAGAGGUUUUGUACCGGGGCAAUGCUGACGAGGGCUUCCAAGACGAAGAUAAACCCUGGGUUGGUGACGGAGGCAUAAGGAAUUGGGACAGUAUGGACUAUGUGUGGGACCAGGAGGAAGAUCGAGACUGUUACCUGGAUGGCUUGAGACAUGACUUGAGAAUUGACGUCUACCCAGAAAAACAAGAGAUAUUUGAAGAAUAUGAUGAGGAUGAAGAGCUGUAUUCUGACAGCCAUCUGCCUCCUCCCCCAACCCCUCAGCAUCAGUUCACCAGCCCCCAGUGCCUGAAGAACUUUACACCCUUUCUUCCCAACUUGCAGCUGGCCAACAUGGUCCAGAUAAUUCACCAGAUGUGCCCCAUGCCUUACCAAGGGAGCCGAGGAAAUGAUCAGGGCAUCUGCUCCAAACACCAGGAAGCCCUGAAACUCUUCUGUGAGGUGGACAAAGAGGUUAUCUGUGUCGUGUGCCAAGAAUCCUGGAGCCACAAACAGCACAACGUGGUGCCAUUGAAGAGGUGGUGCAGGAGUACACGGAGGGCGCUGCUAAAAUCAGCUCAUAGAGUAAGGGAUGAGGGAGACCAGCCAAAAGCAGAAGGCACCUUUGGAAGUCCGGGUCUCCAGAAAGAGGAAAGAGGAGGUACUCACAGUUGGGACCUCGAAAUUAAGUACCCGCUUCAUUGUCCUCUGAACUACCAAGCGGAAAGGGCGGGGCUCGCGUUGUGCCACCUAGCGGACGGUGAAGCCGUAAGGCGAUCCUCAUGGGAAUGUGCCGUACAUUUCAACUCUUUCACGUCUAAGAAAUCACACCCCAGCAAAGGUUUAAGGAACCUCUUUAAAUAUUCGGUCGUGAUAGUUUCAGAGUGUAUUCGUGCGGAGCUGUCAAAGUAUGUUGCGUGGCGGAGGGGACGUGUCGUGCGAUUUCAACAGCUGUUUCGGCUACAUGGCGCUGCCAUCUUAAGCAGAAGUGAAUCAUGGGAGCCACCAUUUUGGUCGGGCGGGCGGGUAUUUCCGGUUCCGGCAGUGGGUUCCUCAUCUUUUUCUACGCAGGGCCGCGGCCAGAGCGCCGGUGCUGCUGGUCUCUCUGAGCUAUCUGGUGCCAUCCUCGUCGCUGCGGCGACCCUCGCACCCGCCGCCGUCAUGACUGAGCAAAUGACCCUUCGUGGCACCCUCAAGGGCCACAACGGAUGGGUUACCCAGAUCGCUACCACUCCACAGUUCCCGGACAUGAUACUGUCUGCCUCGCGAGAUAAGACUAUCAUCAUGUGGAAGCUGACUAGGGAUGAGACCAACUAUGGCAUCCCCCAGCGUGCUCUGCGUGGCCACUCUCACUUUGUUAGUGACGUGGUUAUCUCCUCUGAUGGCCAGUUUGCCCUCUCUGGCUCCUGGGAUGGGACACUGCGCCUCUGGGAUCUCACAACGGGCACCACCACACGACGAUUUGUGGGCCAUACUAAGGAUGUGCUGAGUGUGGCCUUCUCUUCUGACAACCGGCAAAUUGUCUCUGGCUCCCGAGAUAAAACCAUCAAGCUGUGGAAUACUCUGGGUGUCUGCAAGUACACUGUACAGGAUGAGAGCCACUCGGAGUGGGUGUCUUGCGUCCGCUUCUCCCCCAACAGCAGCAACCCCAUCAUCGUUUCCUGUGGCUGGGAUAAGUUGGUCAAGGUUUGGAACCUGGCUAACUGCAAGCUGAAAACCAACCACAUUGGCCACACAGGCUACCUGAACACUGUGACUGUCUCUCCAGAUGGAUCCCUCUGUGCUUCAGGAGGCAAGGAUGGCCAGGCCAUGCUGUGGGACCUCAACGAAGGCAAGCACCUCUAUACCCUAGAUGGUGGGGACAUCAUUAAUGCUCUGUGCUUCAGCCCCAACCGUUACUGGCUCUGUGCUGCCACAGGCCCCAGCAUCAAGAUAUGGGACUUGGAGGGCAAGAUCAUCGUAGAUGAACUGAAGCAGGAAGUUAUCAGCACCAGUAGCAAGGCCGAGCCACCCCAGUGCACUUCUCUGGCCUGGUCUGCUGAUGGCCAGACUCUCUUUGCUGGCUACACAGAUAACCUGGUGCGAGUGUGGCAGGUGACCAUCGGCACUCGGUAGAAAUUUAUAUGGCAGAGCUUUAGAAAUAAACUGGCUUUCUGACUUUUUGAAA